ACUUUCGUUACAAAAAAUUGAAACCGUGAAAACCAGAUUGUCAGCCUCUUUUUUCUCGUUUGUAUCGAUGGAGUCCAAGCUACUUGAGCUGCCAUUUUCUUCCAUUUUCAACCAAAAUGCUGCAAAAUCUUCCUCACCCAUUUCUCAUUUUACACCUAGAAAUGCUUUCAAAGUUAUGGCAACGAGUUUCGGUGCAAAUGUUUAUCGCUCUCUUGGAAUUUCCCAUUCUUCUUCUUCAAACAUAAGAUUUUCAAAGAAGCCAAGGGUGGAUGAGAGUGAGAACCUUACUCUCAACAGUAUAAGACAGUCCUUAAUUCGACAAGAAGAUAGCAUAAUAUUUAGCCUUUUGGAGAGAGCUCAGUACUGUUAUAACCCAGACACAUAUAAGCAAGAUUCAUUCUCCAUGGAUGGAUUUCAUGGGUCUUUGUCUUUGGUUGAGUUCAUGGUUCGGGAAACCGAAAGGCUCCAUGCUCAGGUUGGCAGAUAUAAAAGUCCUGAUGAACACCCUUUCUUCCCAUCAUAUCUACCCGAGCCAAUGCUUCCACCUUUGCAAUAUCCAAAGGUUUUGCAUCACUGUGCUGCUUCAAUUAACAUAAACAAUAAGGUUUGGAAUAUGUAUUUUGCAGAGCUUCUACCAAGAUUGGUAGAAGCUGGAGAUGAUGGUAAUUGUGGGUCUACUGCUGUAUGUGAUACAAUGUGCUUGCAGGCGCUUUCAAAAAGAAUUCACUAUGGAAAAUUUGUAGCAGAGGCGAAAUUUCGAGAAUCACCUAAAACUUAUGAGGAUGCCAUUAGAGCAAAGGACCGGUCUCGAUUGAUGGAGUUGCUAACAUACGAAACAGUGGAAACAGCAGUGAAAAAGAGAGUAGAUAUGAAAACGAAAACAUAUGGUCAAGAGCUAAACUUUCAACUGAAUGGUGUUGCAGCAGGUCCAGAUCCUGUGUACAAAAUCGAGCCAAGUUUAGUAGCUGAUCUCUACGGAGAUUGGAUCAUGCCCUUAACAAAGGAAGUUCAAGUUGAAUACUUGCUGCGACGGUUGGACUAAUGUAAAGUUUCCCUCACAACUGACCAAGGGAAGGGGAAACCAAAGGGUGUAUGAACAUCACUUCCUUUUACAUGUUAAACUACAGAAUUUCAGUUUUCUAAUUUAUAGCACAGCUUUCCAAAUACCCAGUAAUGUUCUUCAUCAAGAAGGCGAAGGGUUCGGAUCCGGAAAAAGAACUCGUCCCUCCUAUGUGAUCAUCUAACAGCAAUGUGAGCUUCAAGCUUGUGUUAGUAAUACGUUCAUUUGAGUUCAGGAAGGGCAGCUUCUCUUUUUUGUAAACUCAUUUUAGUUUGAUUUACAUAGUGUUUAAAACUUUCUUCUAAAACAAUGGUUGUCAUUGUCAACUUUUGAGCUGGAAAAUGAAUGAAUCUUGAUCCUACCA